AGAGCUCAUUGUUGAUAGUGCAGAGAAUCUUGGUGAAGUCCUUCGUGGUGAUCGCAUUGAAAAUUCUCCUUAUGUGUUUAAAAUGAGAGAACCACAAAUGUGUAAUGUUGUUUGUCAUAUGGUACUUGAUAAGAAAACUGCAAAGGCAUUUAAGGAGAAGAUAGAAGAUGAAUACCGAGUGAACAUGAUCUUAGACAAUCUUCCUCUGGUUGUUCCCAUUCCAAAGACUGAUCAGGACUCUGUAGUGUAUCAAGAUGGCUUUCCUGUUGGUCUCAAGGGACAGUAUAUUGGGAGCACAGAAGAGAAGUAUUUCAUCCAUAAUCAUUUGACAUUCACGGUCAAAAUUCACAAGGAUCUACAGAUUGAUAGUUCAAGGAUUGUUGGGUUUGAGGUCAAACCAUUCAGUGUUAAACAUGAGUAUGAGGGUCAAUGGAAUGAGAAGACCCGUUUAACUACCUGUGAUCCCCAUGCCAAACGUGCUGUCACCAGCUCAGAAUCUCCUCAAGAGGUUGAUGAUAAUAAGGAAAUUAUAUUCACAUAUGAUGUUGAGUUCCAGGAAAGUGAUAUAAAGUGGGCAUCUCGUUGGGAUACAUAUCUUCUGAUGGCUGAUGAUCAGAUUCACUGGUUCUCAAUCGUUAAUUCUUUGAUGAUUGUUCUUUUCCUGUCGGGAAUGGUGGCUAUGAUCAUGUUGCGGACCCUUUAUAGGGAUAUUUCCAAAUACAACCAGCUAGAAACCCAAGAAGAAGCCCAGGAAGAAACAGGGUGGAAACUGGUUCAUGGGGAUGUUUUCAGACCUCCAACAAACUCAGACUUACUUUGUGUCUAUGUGGGAACAGGGGUUCAGUUUUUUGGUAUGAUUCUUGUCACCAUGAUCUUUGCUGUUCUGGGAUUUUUGUCCCCCUCAAACCGAGGUGGGUUGAUGACUGCCAUGCUUCUGCUCUGGGUGUUCAUGGGCCUGUUUGCGGGAUAUUCCUCAGCCCGUCUUUAUAAGAUGUUCAAGGGAACAGAAUGGAAGAAAAUUACUCUAAAAACAGCUUUUCUGUUCCCUGCAACUGUCUUUGCCCUUUUCUUUGUCUUGAAUGCUCUGAUAUGGGGCCAGAAAUCUUCUGGUGCAGUGCCGUUUGGAACUAUGUUUGCUUUGGUACUCUUGUGGUUUGGUAUCUCAGUCCCACUAGCGUUUGUGGGUGGUUAUAUUGGGUUUAAGAAGCCGGUAAUAGAGGAUCCAGUGAAAACUAAUAAGAUUCCACGACAAAUCCCAGAACAGCCCUGGUACUUGAAGCCAGCCUUCUCUAUCCUGAUUGGAGGCAUACUUCCAUUUGGGGCUGUCUUUAUUGAGAUCUUCUUCAUCCUUACUUCAAUAUGGUUGCAUCAGUUCUACUACAUAUUUGGCUUCCUCUUCAUUGUCUUUGUCAUCCUUAUCAUAACCUGUGCCGCGAUCACAAUCGUGCUCUGCUACUUCCAACUUUGCAGUGAGGAUUAUUUGUGGUGGUGGAGAUCAUACUUGACUUCUGGUUCCUCCGCACUUUAUUUAUUCCUUUAUGCUGCCUUCUACUUCUUCACAAAGCUUGAAAUCACAAAACCGGUGUCUGGGGUUCUCUACUUCGGAUACAUGUUGAUUGUCUCAUAUGCUUUCUUUGUGCUGACUGGUACAAUUGGUUUCUAUGCAUGCUUCUGGUUCACAAGGCUCAUCUAUUCUUCUGUGAAGAUUGAUUGAUUAAUCUGCUUUUGCACCCAAAUUAAAAUCGCCGGCUUGUUUCUUAAUGUAGGAUGCCAAACUAUCUCAGCUGGGAUUGGAAAUUCAAGGUAUUCCCACUUUAGAGUUCCUUUUGGGUUCAGGUUUGAAUCUGAUUAUAGAAAUAGCGUUCUCUAUACAGGUUCCUUUACAGUUACUAGUUCUUUGUACUUGCUAUACAUAAUACAUGUCAUUAUUAUUUUACUUUUUUGUAUAAGAGACCUUGGAUAGAGAGGAUUGAUCUGAUACCCAGUCGUUCUUAUCAAUGCCUACCCCGAAUGGGAAGGAAUUCUUGUAUUACCGCUCUUGCUUCUUAUGGAGGACUCCUCCAUCUCAAAAUAAUUGCUUUUAAUUUUA